AUGAGGCAGCACGCGCUGAGCUGCAGCAGUCCUGGUCGUCGCUCGUUCCCGCUGCCAUCCCUGACACAACAUCGGAGAUAAGCGAGGUGACAGCAGUUCCCCAGAUGCAUUUCAAAACAUCAGACGUUUUUAUGUGGAAUUGUCUUGUAUAACUGCAGUCAUGACAUCAGUAUGGAAGAGACUUCAGCGCGCAGGCAAAAGAGCGUCGAAGUUUCAGUUCGCUGCGUCCUUUCAAGAACUCACUGUUGAGUGCACGAAAAAGUGGCAGCCAGACAAAUUGCGAGUGGUUUGGAUCAGACGAAACAGACGCAUCUGCACCAAGCUUCAUGGCUGGCAACCAGGUAUUAAGAAUCCGUACAGGGGGACUGUUGUCUGGCAGGUUUCUGAGAGCAUUGACAUUACAGUCACUCUGUUUAAGGAUCCAAAUGCUGAAGAAUUUGAGGACAAAGACUGGACAUUUAUCAUAGAGAAUGAAACAAAAGGCCAUCGGAAAAUUUUAGCGUCGGUUGAUGUGAACAUGAAGAAGUAUGCGAGCGCGACGCCAACUCAGUUUGACCUGACGCUUAAACUUAAGCCUCUGUCUGUGAAAGUGGUGGAUGCCACACUCAAACUCACCCUGUCCUGUGUCUUCCUGAAAGAGGGCAAAGCCACGGAUGAAGACAUGCAGAGUUUGGCCAGUCUGAUGAGUUUAAAGCAGUCUGAUGUUGGAAACCUGGAUGACUUCAAUGACAGUGAUGAAGAGGAGAACAAAAGACUGAACGCAGCAGUGAAAAUGGCCACAGCAGCAAUAGCUCCUCUUCCUCCUGCCAGCAGAAUACAUGACAAGGCCUGGAGACCUGUUAUAGACACAGGGUCCUCUGAUACAGCUCAUUCUGAAAUGGAGCGGAUGAACUGUUCCUUCAUCACACCUAACCUUCCUCUGCAGUACUGCCCCCUGUCAUAUACUGCGCUUGACCAUUCUGCCCCGCCCCUACCCACCUCCUAUAUCCAACCCCUCCAGCAGACACGCCCCUCUCCAUACGCCUUCACUAUACCUGCAUUCACACGUGCUCACCCUCCUGCCUUGCCUAAAAUCUUCCAGCCAUCGACAGGCUCAGCCGCUGUAUCUGUUGAUCGAAGGACCUCUGGGGGUCUCACACACUCUGAGUUAAUGAAUACCAGUCGCACUACAGAGGGUGCAGUUUUGCUUCACUCGCAGCCCCUCUCUUCUCUUCCUGGGAUUAGCACACCUCCUUUCUCUCUUUUUACUCCUCAGCCCUCCUCGUCUCCUCAACAGAACCCUCUACCUGAUGUUACACAGACAGAUACUUAUUCUCGAGGCAAGGCCUGGAGACCUCACAGUUCCCACUAUUUACCACCCUCCCCCUUUGCUUUUGACCCCUCCUCCUCUGAAUUUGACUCCUCUCAUGGUUCCAUGACUCUUCCUCUACCUUGGCCCUCAAAAAAUGUUCGCGCUGCUUUGGCUGAGCCAGGUUCUGUCCUUACAAAGCCUACAAGCAUGCCCUCUGCCACAGAGACAGCAUCUUGGCAAAAAGAGUGGAGGUCCCCUAAACUGCACCCUGCUCUAUGUCCUGCUCCAUCUACCUCUGCAGAACAUAUAAAUCAGCAGCCUGUACAGGGUUUGGAGAAUAUGUGCCAUCCAGCCUCAAUUGCCUCUUCUCCCCCUGCACAAACCACUCUCCAAAUGUGUUCCCCUCUUCAUGCUUUGUCUCCAUCCCAUGUGCAGUCUCCUCCACCUAUGCUUCAGCCUUCACCCCCUGUACUUCCCCAACCAAUUGUUUCUUGUACUGUCACUCCCAACCCUGGUGUAUCAUCUCUCAUUGUGGCUUCUACCUCUGAGCGGCUCAGCCCUGAGUCUGCCUCUAUUUCUAAAACCCAGUCAGCUGCCAUCCCUACAUUUGCUAGCCUCUCUCCUCAUCCAGCAUCAUUAGUUUCUACGUCCAAUGCUCCUACUACAUCAUUAAGUUCUCCAUCCACCUCUUAUCCCUGUGCUUCUUCUCUCUCAUCAUCUGUUCAUCUCACUGUUUCUGAUGCUCCUCUAAGUUCCUCUCUUGAUGUUGGUCCUGUGGUCACUCCACCUGUUGUCUCCGAAUCAGAGAAACACAGACAGCUAAGUGUAUUACCAGAAGAGGAAUAUCCAAAUACAGUAUGUUCUGCUGAGGAGGAUGCAGACACUAAACCCUCAAAUGUUUCUCACAAUCAUGAACUCCACCCUCGCAAAGCCGGAGUCAUCAGUAUAGCCAAUCAAAGGCCAAACAUCAGUAUUGUCAAGCAACAACCUAAUUUUGAGCUGGAGGUUGUGAGGCCUGCAAAAGGACCAGAUAGUAUGGCCUCUCUGCUGCCCUGUGACCGUACGUCACCUACUCUCACUGAUGUCAAAUAUUUUGAGCUGCCAAAACCUUGUUUUGAGUUGUCUGAUACAGAGAGAAUGCUCACCCAUGCAGUCCUCGAAAAUAUCCCCAAACCUGCUGUAGCGCCUUCAUUAUCUACCUCAUUAAAUGAGUUCCAGAUCAGUCAGUCAGAGAUUUCACAGAACUCUGCUGAGCUUGCUGUUUCACACUCAGCUGCACUUGAGUGUCCAGAAGAUGUGAUGACUCCUCAUGAAGACAAUGCUCAAAAACAGCCCUCUUACAUUAAAAGUAGUCUUCAAUCAGAGGAAAUGCAAGAGCAAGAAACAAGCCCAGAAUCUAUGGCACAGCUGCUCUCAAAUCCAGAAAACACCCAAAGCAUGGCCGCUUUGCUGCCCUCUUGCUUGAAAGCAUUAAAUUCUCCUUGGUCACCAUCCAAAUUGGCUAAUGAUACAGUUGAGAGUCAAAUAGAAGACUUGUUUGAAGACAGGCUGCCUAGGAUAAGCCAUGUUGACAUUGUUCAGUAUGUUCCCAGCAUGGUGUCUCUUCUUCCAGCAUGCCCAGGAACUGCCUUUGUACCUGGGAUGCCAUCUAUAAUGCUUCAGGACAAGAAUUCUCAGUGGCCUUGGGAUAAAUCUGUGGUGAUACUGAAAAAGUAUGUUCAAAAAGGGAAACCAGCUAAACUUAUUCAAGACAUGGAAUACUCAUUUUAUGACCCAAGCACAACAAAAAAUAUGAUGUUACUAUGGUUAACUUGUCCAAGAACUGCAAGCAUACCAGGAUUUCCAUCAUUGGUGUGCCAUAAAGAGGAAUCUCACAUUAUGGUCAGUCUCCUUCUUAUGUGCCCAAAUGUAUCCUUAGUACCUGGUUUACAGUCAAGAUAUGCACUCACUUGGUCAGAUAAAAGCUGUUCUAAAGAUGAAUUGGAAUUAUGGGUGGGAGAUUUUAGGAAAAAUAAGGAACAAAUUUUGCCAGCAUUUUCAAUGGAGAUGAAUUUAGAAACUGCCCGAGAUAUGGUUGCAAUGAGGCCAUCAUGCUCAGCAGCAUCCAAGAUUCCAGGAUUUCCAUCUGCUCCAAUACCGAAACCAGUUACAAGAACAAGUAUGUUCAGUAUUUUACCAUGUUGUCCAAAAGUUUCCACCAUUGCAGGUUUCUCAUCCACAAAGCUAGUUCAUUUUGGCCAAAAUACUGUCCAACAGUGGCCAUACAACAUUAAUUCACACUUGAACAGAACUCAGAAGAAUCAGUCAUACUUGAACAAAAGGUUGCCUCGAGUUGCAAACGCAUCCAAAGAGAACAUUGAACAAUUCAAGUCUAUGACUACCUUAGUACCAUCUUGCCCAAGAAAAGCAAGAACUCCUUGUUUUCCAUCCGUACCUAAGCAAAAACAAGACAUUGCAUUCUGCAUGAAAAAUCUUUUAUCUUCCUUUCCAAAAGCCUCUCGUGUUCCUGGAAUAUCAUCUUUACAAAUGCUUACAAUGAUAUCAGAUUCAGUUAAAGACUGGCCAGAGGACAUUAAGCCAUUUUGGAUUAAUAGACUAGUAACUCAGCCAUGUAAUUUAAUCUUCCCAUAUCUACCUCAGUAUGAAGUUUCAGAAGACAAAUAUGUUAUUAACAAUAUGGCGUCAUUGGUAUCAUCUUGCCCAAGAAUUGCAAGAAUACCUGGAUUUCCCUCCGCACCAUGGCUCAUGCCUGAAACCCAAAUAAUGUCUGGUGCCCUAUCAACCUGUCCACUAGUGGCUAAAUCUCAAGGCUUCCCUUCUUUAUGCCCAAGCAACAGUUUUGAGGCUAUAGUAAAUAAUUGGCCUUUUAAGGAAGAGGGCUUUUUUUUUAGAAGGUGUUUUAAAGAAACACCAAUGAACAUUGCUUACCAGGAUAAGGAACAUUUUGAAGGAAUACAUACUAUUUUGCCAAGUUGUCCAGUGAAAGCAUGUGUUCCUGGCUUUCCAUCUGCUCCAAAGCCCAAAGUAAGGAAUCCUCCCUUAAUGGUUUGCCUCAUCCCUUGUUGCCCUACAGUUUCAAGUGUACCUGGGAUGCUAUCAAGGAAAAUACCCAAAAUGGAUUUAAAGUGGCCUUUUAAUGAAAAGCCAUUAUGGGUUAAACAAAUUAAGACUGAGUUGUCUCAGUCUAUAUACCCUGUUCCACUUCAGUACAGAGAAGCAAAUGAUAAAGGGAUUGCAAGGGAUAUGGUAACUUUGCGCCCGUCUUGUACAACCAAUUCUAAAUUUCCUGGCUUCCCAUCGGCCCCAAGCCUAGAAAUGGGGAAGAAUGGAACAGAAAUGGUCCCUCUCAUGCCAUCUUGUCCAGGUCUUACCAAAGCAUCAGGCAUUCCAUCAGUUGACUUAGGAAAUGGAACAACUACAUGGCCUCUGGAAGAGAAGCCACUGAACAAGAGGACCUUAAACGAUGAGUCAGUUAUGGUGGAUGUAACAUUAAAUAACUUGAAUCAAACCUAUAUGGACCAUCUGAAUUAUCACAUGGAAGAGAUGACUACUAUGAUGACAUCUUAUGCAAGCCAGUCCAGAGUGCCCGACUUACCACUCACAGAUUCAGAAACUCCAUAUAUGCUUCAUCAAACAAAUAUUAACCUACAGUCCACAGAAGAUGGUGUUCAUAAACAAGAAAAUUCAACUCUACUUGGUCCAGAAGACAUUGAAAUAGACCUGUCCAGUCCAAGCAAGUCUGACUGUAGUUUUGUUUUGGAAAAGACCAAGGAGAAUAUGGACAUUUGGGCAAGAUGUAAGGAAGAACAAAAGAGAAUUCUGGAGAGGGGGAACACACAUUACAGAAUGUGGCACUCCAUACCAGAUAUGCCAAUAUUACUGACUGUUGGGGAGAGAUGUGAAAGCAAAGGUGCUCAGAUCUCACCUUCUCCCACAUACAACACAGAGAAUUACAAUGAUACUCUGACUGAAAACAAUAAAGUGGAUGAGGAUGUAUUGUGGGCAUCACAAGAAAAACCAGAACAUUUUCCUCACAGAUUAAAGAAAAAAGAAGUGACUACCAAAUGUAGUAGUCUGGUUCCUUCUACAGAAGAAGAUCAGUUUACAAGACUGCUACAAGAGUGUGUACCAAACAUGGUUGAUCUUCUUCCAUCAUGUCCACAGUUCUCAAGAGUUCCUGGAUGCUCAUCUACUUCCAUUUCUAACACAUGUGUAACAGACAUGAUCAACUGGCCUGUUGAUUUAAGUAUAAUUUGGGACAAUCCAUGUAAAUCAACAAAAGCUAAUUUGUCAGUGCCAUUCUUGGAGAAAUCCCAUGAUGAGAAAAAGUAUAUGGUAUCUCUGACAUACACUUGUCCAAAUGAAGCAAAAUAUCCUGGCUUUCCAUCUGCCAAGAUACGCAUGGUAUUAAGUACACAUUCCAUGAGUGCACUAUGUCUGUCUUGCCCAGAAACACCCAUUGUUAUUGGCACACGUUCACAGUCCUCAUUUCCAGAGGAAAAGAAUCGUGGGGAGUGGCUUUUCAUGGAAACGUCAUUGUUGGAAGAACAUCCUAAGCCAAAGCUAGUUUUUAGUAUUGAAAGCCCAGUUGAGGAUUCUGAGAUCCCUGUAAAGAUAGUGGCUCCAUCUUGCCCACCGUCAACACUUGUUCCUGGAUUCCCAACUGCAUCAAACAGAAAAGAAAUCAUUAUCAAAUCAAAAGAGGAAAAUCUCAUAUUUAUGAAUCCAACAGAGUCUGCAAUUUCUGAGUUACCAUUGAAGAAUGAGAACAUGUUUGAAAAUGAAGCACCAGAUGAGAUAUUAGUAAUCAAACCACAAUCUAAAGAAUUGCCAGAUGCUCUUGGAAACCAACAUGAAGCCAAUAUAAAUGUCAUAGAAUACACAGGGGCUUUGAUUCCCUCCUGUGAAAGAUCUGCUCAAAUGGCAGAUUCCAUCCCCAAAGCUCCAAUAGAGGCAAAUAUGUUGAAGCUUCUUCCAUCGUGUCCAGUGCUGUCGAGCAUCCCUGGGUGUCCAUCUCUAAAGGACUCUGAAGGCUUAGUGUGGAUUAAAGAUCAGUCUGUAAUCUUGUGCAAUUUUUUGAAAGAAAGCCAGACUAACAUCCCUAUUAAAGAUAAAAAAGACACACAAAAUAUUAUGGCUCUUGUACAAUCAUGCCCACAAGCAUCACGCAUUCCAGGGUUUCCAUCUAGACCAUAUCCUAAAUCACAGAUGGAACCAAGCAUGCACAAAGUUUGUCCUUCUUGCCCAAAUAAUUCACAUAUAGCUGGUUGUCAGAGUAUCAAAUCUCCUAAAAUAUCCAACUGGCCUAUCAGUACAAUAAUUUUAUGGUCAACCCAAAUGAAUAAACCCCCUAUCAUUGUGGACAUGGACAAGACAUGCAGAGAAAACAUUAGUAGAAUGUUUACUUUGGCACCAACCUGUACAUCGGUGGCCUGUGUCCCAGGUUUUCCAUCUGUUCCUAAACCAAAAAUGUUGUGCAUCCUUCCCACUUGCCCGGAGAAGUCUAGAAUUAUUGGAUUUUCUUCUCAAGGGAAACCAGACCAUAUGGAUUGGUCUGUUGACAAGAGAACAUUGUGUCAUAUACCUUUUAAAAGGCAGCCUGUAUUUACUGUAGACAAAGUUGACUGGGUCAGUGACGUUACAAAAAUAAUGUUUGCAUUGACUCCAUCCUGUCCGCCACAAGCAAGCAUGCCGGGAUUCCCAUGUGCACCUAAAUGCAAAUUUAAGCCGCAUCUCAAUAUGGUUGAUCUUCAUCAGUGUGUUCCAAAGACAUCAACAGUCAUUGGAUUUUCAUCAAGUAAUGGAAUAAACACAGGAGCGUGGCUUGCAGAUGAAAAGCCUUUAUGGGUGAAGUCUCUUAAAACAACAUCAGAAGUGUUUGUCCAGUUCACCUUAGAUCCUUUGUAUGAACAAAUAGACAAAUAUAUCUUUCAGAUGAUGCCUUCACUGGUACUAACAUGCCCAAGAGAAGCUUGCAUACCUGGUUUGCCCUCUUUACCUCAGGUUAAAGUGGAGGGAUUCUAUCUAAGUAAAGAGCCAGACAUAGUCAGUCUUUUGCAUUCUUGCCCAAUGAUAGCUUUUACCUUAGGCUUUCCUUCAGUAAAAUCUCUACCCAUGGAAGAGUCUCAAGCUACCACUUGGUCAGCUCAGAGGUCCAUCUCGGUUAAACCACUUAAAGAGAGAACACUUUUGUCUUUAGGUAAUACAAAGGAAUAUGAAGAAUAUUCAAAAACAAAUUUCCUGCUUGCUCCUACCUGUCCUCAUGAGGCCAGGUGUUACGGUUUUCCAUUUUCAGAGAGGCCCAAAAAAGAAAACUCACUGACCUCUGUCUUGCCACAUUCUCCAGAGGCUACAUUCCCUGGAACUGAUGAGAUACAUUUCAAUAACAAAGUCACUGAAGUGACAUGCUUCCCAGCUGAAGCAAAGCUGUUUGGUUUCCCACUUGCUCUUAUAAGCGCACAUGACUCCCAGCAAAGUAGCACCCCUAUAACCUCUCUAUCAAGUCAACCCGAAAAACAUAUUGAACACAAAUUUACCCAGCACAUAGAGUCAGAAAGGAAUCAAAUGCUGGAGAUGAAAGAAACUGAUUUGGGAAGUGUUCAUGAGAUGCCCUUGCCUGAAGGUGCUGAUAACCAUCAGGAAAAGUUUAUUCUGCAAGAGCAACACAUGGGGGAGCAGUCUUAUAGUAAAACCCAUGAUACCACAAAGCAAGUAGAGACUGAUAUAGCUUUAGGAUGGGAAGUAUUGGAUGCAGAUGAUACUUCAGAAAGAGAAGGAUCUUCUGGUCUUGUUAAGACUAUAGUUGAUGUCUUUCACAGAGGUUAUGAGACUGUUGCUGCAAUACUGCAGCCCUCAAGCUCUGGAUCGGUCACAGACACUCUAGAUACUCUCGACAGCCUUUCAUCCUCUGAGGAUCCUGAUAGCAGCAGUCAUAUGGCCAGUGGAAGUGAUAAUUUAUUGGAAGAGUUAGAGUUUGCAGAACCCUACAUGUGGCACUUGGUUGGUGGUCGUUCAGAAUCUUCACUGUCGUCAAAAGAGACUGAAAUUUGGUUUGUUGAAGAUGAAGAAUUUUGCCUAAUGAGAAAGUGGCCGCCCUUGACAGAGGCUGACCUGCAUGAGAUAACAAAAGAGGAGGACAACAUACAUGUUGACACGUUGAUUCAAGAAGAAACAACUGUUCUUGAAGAGCAGGAGUAUGAGCAAGAUUUUGGUAUUGAUAAGAAUGUGACAGAGGAGGUUAAAAUGAUAGAGAUGUUGAAGGAUGAGGUGGGAGCAGAACUUUCAGCCGGAGUUUUAUUGCCGGAGAAGGGGCCACAACAUCAUUUUGCCCAAGAGGUCUCUCUUUUCAUCCAACCGAAAAAGGACAUAUUAUUGGAUGAAGAGACACUGCCAAUGUCAUUGUCCUUACCAUCCCAACAAACACUGAAUAAACCAAAGCCUUUCCCAGAACAGACUGCAGUUCCAGCUUCAAAAGAACCAGUGCCAUCAAGAAGGAGCAAGAGGCAAGACAUUAUUCAAGAGACUUCCUCCUUAUUGACAACAGGUUCCAAUCCAGCUGGAAAUUAUCCAGAAAGAAUGUCAGGCACAGUAAAAUCACUUACCAUUCAGAGUUUUUUAGUUACAGCAGAUGAGGCUCCAUCUCUAGAUAAAACGAUUGAAAAAGAUCGCCCGGCAGAUGUACCUGUCCCAAUGACUCGAACCAAGAAACGACAAAGUGCUUCUUUUCCUGAUGACAUCACUGUGGCAGAGACAGCCACAACUAUGAUAGAAGUAUCCAAAGAUAGAAUUUGUCCAUCAGAAUCAAAACAAGAAACUAUACCAUCAUGUGAUAGCAAGAUGAGAGAAAAAGUUCCGCUUUUGCCUCCCAAGGAUUACCGAUCACAUCCAAAUAGUGGGAAAACUCUGGCAGUUACUCAAUUAUGUGCUCCUCAGAGGCGAAAAAGUAAAGUUCAAACCAACAAUAUUGCUGAAACCAGUGGCAAAAACAGUGAAGUAGAAUUUGAAGUAAAGAGCCCACCGCAUUCUAUCAUCACAGAUGUCUCUCAGUCUGACACAAGAGAGAUCCAAGCUGAGAAUGAACUGAACCUGAAAGAGCAGGUAAAGCUUGACUCUGAUGUGAAAAUGCGAAUCAAAUGCACAGAUCUUCCAGUCCCAAUGCCCCGUGUGAAAAAGCGUCAUAGUGGUUCUUUUCCAGAUGAUCUUCCAACUCCUUCAUCCUCCCCUUUCCCUCAAGAGGAUUCAGAUAAUAUUGUUCCCAAACAAGAAGAGCAUCUGGACCCAAGUCUACCGGUUCCAAUGCCACGUGUGAAGAAAGUUCUAAGUGUUUUUUUUCCAGACAAUCUCCCUGUUCCCUCUCCUUGUCCACCCUUUCCAGCAGAUUCAGUUGACUUAAGGAUCCUUGAGAGAGGACCAAGUGAAACAAACAUACCUGUCCCAGUUCCCCGCUCAAAGAAGCAUCUCAGUGGCAGUUUCUCUGAUGAGAACCCUCAAAGCUUUCCCCAAGUUUCAAAUGCGAUAGUCUCAGAAGAGGGCCAGCUCUCUCUCUCAGGAAAUGAACAAUAUCCUGUUGAAGUGGGUAAAGAGGGUUCUUCACAACUGAGGACAGAAACAGGGAUAGAGAGCCUUGAGUAUUUAUCCACAUCAACGGGCAAUGAAAUGGAACUAAACAGAAAUGGCAUUGAGCAGUCUAUUAUGGAGAUCGUUGAACAAAUAGUUACUAAUGUGACAGCUAUGAGUGAAAAACGAAAGACUGGUGCUCCACUUGAUGAAGAUGUUUGUCAGGACAAGUCAGAGAGGUCUGAUUUAAAAAAGCAACUAAAUGAAAAAGAACAAAGUGCUCAAGGAGAAAAUGAUGCUGUUCUUCCUAAAGACAAUGAGGUUAAAUUAGGCACAGAGACCGUAGAUGUCACAGGUGUUGUCUUAGAUGUGUCUAGACAAGAAUCAACUGAAGAUUCCAAUCUACCUGUGCCGAUGCCUCGUGUGAAGAAACGUUUGAGUGCUUCUUUCCCAGAAGACAACUCCAGUCCCAAUGCUUCAUCACCCAAUCACGCCAGCGAUGAGCCAAUGGUGCCUGCUCGUAAUAAAAGGAGGGCAGCAGGAACAGGGGCCAUGGACUUUCAAGGAAGUUCAACAGAUAAGACAUCCAUAGCUAGUGAAAUAGAGAUGGCAAGCUUGGUGAGCUCAAGUCAGUCGCUAUUGGAUUGGUGCCAAAAGGUCACAGAAGGUUACAAGAGCGUAAAGAUCACUAACUUCAGUACAUCGUGGCGAAAUGGUCUUGCCUUCUGUGCAAUCCUACAUCACUUCCACCCAGAUAAAGUGAAUUAUGAAAUGCUGGAUCCAUAUGAUAUUAAACACAACAGCAAGAAGGCAUUUGAUGGAUUUGCUGCACUGGGCAUCUCCAGGCUGAUCGAGCCCUCUGACAUGGUGCUGCUGGCAGUGCCCGACCGGCUCAUUGUGAUGACCUAUCUCAAUCAGAUCCGCACAUAUUUCACGGGUCAGGAGCUCAGUGUAAUACAGAUUGAAAAGAAUAGCAGUGAAUCCAGUUAUGCUGUUGGUGAGAAGAGGGAGGAAGCCGACCCUGAGGCAGCUGUUCGCUAUUGUACUGAAAGACUCCAGGGCAGCGGCAUCACUCUAGAGACCAAUGGAAACUUUGUUGAGAGGGACGUUAAGGGAGGUGCUGGGGAUUUCGUGCCACCUCCAAGAACUAAGCGAAUACAAGCUGGAGGCCCAGGGAGCACUCAAUCUCCAGUGGCACCACCCAGAACUCACAUUAAGGCUUUUUCUCAUGUCAAGGAUGCAGAUCUUGUGAAAAAGCGAAGAUCGCAGCUGCGGGGAGAGUCACUUGAUGAAACUGAGAUGUCAGAGCAGCCGAGUGCAACAGAGGUUGCAUCAGGUCAAACAGAAAAUGAAGCAUCCAGAGGAGUUUCACAGUCACAGUCCCAUGAAGAAGGCACUGCAGAAGAAAAACAGGAUGUCAGUCAGUAUGUUCUCGGUGAGAUGCAGGCUGUGGAGGCUGAACAGAAGCAGAUAGAUCACAGGGCAGCCAUCGUGGAGAGGAAAUUAAGAAGUCUUAUGGAAUCUGGUAGUGAUCGUGUAGAAGAAGAGAAACUGAUUCAGGAGUGGUUCACUCUGGUCAACAAGAAGAACGCUUUGAUCAGGAGACAAGACCAUCUACAGUUAUUGCAAGAAGAGCAAGAUUUGGAGAGGAGGUUUGAGAUGCUGAAAAAAGAGCUUCAAGAUCUAAUGGCUGUAGAAGAAUGGAAGAAAACCCAGGCCCAUAAAACCAGAGAGCAGUUGUUGCUGCAGGAGCUGGUGUCUAUAGUCAACCAGAGGGAUGAGCUAGUGCAUGACAUGGACGCCAAAGAAAGAGGGGCUCUUGAAGAGGAAGAAAGGUUGGAGAGAGGUCUGGAAAUGAGGCGCAGAAAAUAUGGAAGUCAGAAAGAGAAGUGUGUGUUACAGUGAGGAAUGCUGUGCACCUGCGGUAAUGCAGGACCGUCUCAAUAAACACUUUUCUGAUGGACUAAUGUGGUGUGUGUGUGGACCAUAUCACAGUAAAUGCCAAUGGAGGACACGACUAGAUGAAUCCUCAUGUUGGAAAGAAGUUUGAGUAUGAGUGCCAGAGAAUGUUUAUUGUGGGUGGAUUGAGAGUUAUUUCUUUUUAGAGACAUUUUAAGCAUGAGAAUGUUUUGUGUGACUUAUGGACAUUUUUAAUGGUCCAUGGUAUUCUGAAUGCACUUCUUGUUUUGAAAUGUAGAAGCUUUUAGUCGAAAUAUACAAACUUCUGGCCUUUGCCAUGUUAUUUACUUGAUUUUUUAACUAGUUUGAUACUUGCAGUGAUUUUAAGUAUAUCUCAGAUGUCAAAGGUUUGUACCAUUUUAUAAAAAUGUACACUGGCGCCCAAAGGUUUGGAAUAAUGUACAGAUUUUGUUCUUAUGGAAAGAAAUUGGUACUUUUAGUCACCAAAGUGGCAUUCAACUGAUCACAAUGUAUAGUCAGGACUUUAAUAAUGUGAAAAGUUACUAUUACAAUUUGAAAACAAUGCUCAGAACUUCUUAAACUACUUCAAGGUUCUCAUCAAAAAAUCCUCCACGUGCAGCAAUGACAGCUUUGCAGAUCCUUGACAUUCCAGCUGUUAGAUUGUCCAAAUACUCAUGUGACAUUUCACCCCAUGCUUCCUGUUGCACUUGCCAUAGACGUAGCUGUCAUGUCAGGCACUUCUCACGUACCUUACAGUCUAGCUGAUCCCACAAAUGCUCAAUGGGGUUAAGAUUCAUAACACUCUUUUCCAAUGAUCUGUUGUCCAAUGUCUAUGUUUCUUUGCCCACUCUAAUAUUUACUUUUUGUUUUUCUGUGUCAAAAGUGUCUUUUUCUUUGCAAUUCUUCCCAUAAGCCCUGCCCCUCUGAGUCUUCUCUUUACUGUUGUGCAUGAAACUGGUGUUGAGCGGGUAGAAUUCAAUGAAGCUGUCAGCUGAAGACGUGAGGCGUCUAUUUUUCAAACUAGAGACUGUGAUGCUUAUCCUCUUGUUUAGUUUUACAUCUGACCAUCCACAUCUCUUUCUGUCCUUGUCAGUUGUCCUUUGACUUUGAAGACUGUUGUGUACACCUUUGUGUGAAAUCUUCAGUUUUUUUUGGCAGUUUUAAGCAUUGUAUAGCCUUCAAUCCUCAAAUCAAUUAUUGAUUGAUGAGUUUCUAGAGAAAUCUUUACUAUUUACUAAAAUUCUAGAGUUUCUUUUUUGCCAUUUUUGACCUAAUAUUUACCUUAAGACAUGCCAGUCUAUUGCAUAAUGUGGAAACUCAAAAACAAACACAAAGACAAUGUUAAGAUUCAUUUAAUUAACCGAAUAGCUUUCAACUCUGUUUGAUAUAAUGGCAAGUGAUUUUCUAGUAACAAAUUAGCACUUUAGCAUGAUUACUCAAGGACAAGGUGUUGGAGUGAUGGCAGCUGGAAAUGGGGCCUGUCUAGGUGAUGGACUGAUUUUUACAUCAGUAAUGUCCUGACUAUACUUUGUGAUCAGUUGAAUGUAAUUUUGGUGAAUUGAAGUACCAAUUUCCUUCCGAACAGCAAAAUCAGUACAUUAUUCCAAACUUUUGGCCGCCAGUGUUCACAAACUCUCAGUUUGAAAGAAGGAUACUAGUGUUAAGUAGUCCACUUUUAAAGAAUAGAAAAAUGUUUGUUAGGAAGGUUAUGUGUCUAAAAUGCAGACAAGGUGUGAAUUUGUAGCCAAAUAUAAGGACAAUUGUGAUGUUGCCAUAUGUAUGCAUGGGUUCAUGGGAGUAAAACAAGGGUAGCAACUGUUGCUCAAGGCUAAAGAAGCAGUCCACUUUUUCAUUUAGGGGAAGUUCCAAAUAACAGGCUAAAAUUUUGACCAAAUUUUUUUCUUUUCAGUAAAAUAAAACUUUGCCAUAUGAAAAUAAACAAAAAAAAAACAAGAUUAUUUUGAAUUAUUUUUAAUAUUUUCAUCUUAUUAAAUAUAUAUAUAAAUAUAUAAAUAUACCUCUAAAUCUGAGGCCAUGGUUCUCAGCAGGAAACCGAUGGAGUGCGUACUCCAGGUAGGGAAUGAGGUUUUGCCCCAAGUGAAGGAGUUCAAGUACCUCGGGCUCUUGUUCACGAGUGAGGGGACAAUGGAGCGGGAGGUUGGCCGGAGAAUCGGGGCAGCAGGGGCGGUAUUGCACUCGCUCUAUCGCACCGUUGUCACGAAAAGAGAGCUGAGUCAAAAGGCAAAGCUCUCGAUCUACCGGUCAAUUUUUGUUCCUACCCUCACCUAUGGUCAUGAAGGUUGGGUCAUGACCGAAAGAACUAGGUCGCGAGUACAAGCGGCCGAAAUGGGCUUCCUCAGAAGGGUGGCGGGCUUCUCCCUUAGAGAUAGGGUGAGGAGCUCAGUCAUCCGUGAGGAGCUCGGAGUAGAGCCGCUGCUCCUUUGCGUUGAAAGGAGUCAGUUGAGGUGGUUUGGGCAUCUGGUAAUGAUGCCCCCUGGCCGCCUCCCUAGGGAGGUGUUUCAGGCACGUCCAGCUGGGAGGAGGCCUCGGGGAAGACCCAGG